GGCCGCGCGAAGCGGUUUGGCAGGGUGGCUGCCCGGGCCGUAAAAGCGUGCCGUAUCGCUGCAAACAGCGGUCACGGUGAUUCAUUCGCUCCUCUGUAGACCCGCUUCAUCAGCCCUCCACGCAGCGUACGCGUAGAGGCUGCCCAGUUGUUUAGCAAGGGCAGGAUCCAGGACCACCCCUCACGCGGCCGACGCGGCCCCGGGUGACACCAACCAUGCUCGGCUCCUUCGCCUUCGCCCAGCCCGACGCGCGCGUGGCGCCGACCAUGGCCCAGAGCCCGGGGCCCGAGUCCGUGCGCAGUUCCACGGAGUCGCUGCACAUGACGCUCGCCCAACACCUCGACGUCAAAGAGUCGGACGACACCGAGCUCCAGGCUCUGCUGUCGCGGGUCGACGGCGACGUGCCCGACGACGACAUUGACGAGGACGAGCUGGCGCUCCUCGAGGCCCAGCUCGGGCAAAAGGAGGAACCGACGGGCGCGCUCGCGGCCCUGGGCGCGGAGCGGUGCCGCCAGCGGCUUGCGGUGCCCGAGGAGGCCGACGAGGACGGCUCCGACUCGCCGACGCCACCGCCACUGGAUGCGCCGGGCGGGCCCGCGGCUCCCCAGAGGCCGCGCGCCGUCGCGCUACGGGAGUGCGCGAAGCACCUCCAGACGCUCGUGACGACCAUCGAGCAAGAAAAUACGGCUCGCAAUAAGCUCCCCACCGCAAAAGGCGCGGCGCUCGUUUUGAAAUUAGAGGACGCGGUCGACCGCGCGGAGCAGCUGCGCCAGGCGUCCGGCGAAUCAUUGGAUGGGCUGCGCGCGGAGCUGGGGGAUGUUCCAUACCUCGCCGAGGUCCUCGAGGCGGCCGUCGAGGUCGCGCGCGACGAGCAUUUGGCCGCGGACCCCGACGUCGUGAAAUCCUUAAGGGAGGACGUCGACAGGUGCCUCAAGAAGGUGCGCCGCGACCUGCGCAAAGCGGAUGGGUCUGUUAAGCGUGCUCAGGCGCGCAAGGCCCGUGCAAAUAUGAGGCCAGAGCUGCCGCCGCAGCGCGGCUCGGGCUUCAGCGAGAGACGGUACGUUCGGCCGAAGAAGAAGCCCGUGCAGACGGCCUUCGGCUACAACGCGCGGGACCGCGUGACGGAGGACGUCCUCGUCAUCCCGGAGCGGAAGGACGGCCUCGCCGUGAAGCGGCCGGACUUCAUGAAGCGGGCGCCGCCGCCGACGGUGAGCCGGCACAAUGCUUUUCAGCCGACGUCGAACGACCUGGCGGGGUUGCAGCUUUGAGCUUUAAGUUCCUUUUGUCACACCAGG